UGCGGUUGUUUUUUGGGUUUUUGUCAAGAUCUUGUUGUGCAUCCUUCGUUAAUCGAAACGAAAGCGCAAGAAACACAAGAUUGGCAGAAGCAACAAAAACCGCUGUAGAAUGGUGCCAUAACAGUUGCUGGAAGUUCGAUUUUUUGGUGCUGCUUCAGCGACAACAAAGAAAAAGAAGAAGCCGCUAGCUGCAAACGCACAAAAUUGUGGACGAAAAUUACAAACGUCGAAUGAAUACGAACUCGAUUACAGCGGCCGCAACCGGUGGUGGCAGUUUACUGAAUGCCUCAAGCACCAUGCAGGAAAUCGAAACGGUCACAAUUAUUAGUGACGAUUCCGACGUCGAGAUGACGGACGUGACGUCAAGGACUAAAGCACGAAUUGGUCCAGGUCCUAACCAGACAGAUAACAAAGACGGGGACGAAAGCACGGAAGGGCGUCGAAUAAGUCGACGCAAGAAACCGAAGGUUGAAUAUUGCGACACCAAACCUACAAAUUCAACCGACAGCACAAGCGAGAAGAAACCGGAAAUGAAGGUUGAGCCAAAGGUCAAAAAGCGAGAUCCAGAGCUCACAGUUAAAGACGAGAAAGGAGAAAGUGAACCGAAUCCUCAUCGGGAAAUUUUAACGGGAUUGGAAGGAGCAGCUUUCCAAUCGCGAUUACCUUUCGAAAAAAUGACUGCUUCAGAAGCGGUGUGCUUUCCUGAAAUCACUAAGCACGGAUUAGUGGCUCAACGCGUUUUUCUUAAUGUACGCAACAGAAUACUACAAAUGUGGAUAGAAAAUCCUACGAUUCAGUUAACCAUAGAGAACACUCUUAAAAACAUGGAACAGCCAUUUGAUAGUGAUCCAAAUUUAGUGCGAAAAGUGCAUGCAUUUCUAGAACGCCAUGGAUUUAUAAAUUUUGGCAUUUUUAAACGGCUCAAACCACUGCCUAGUAAGAAAUUAGCAAAGGUAAUAGUCAUUGGAGCGGGGAUCUCUGGUCUGGCGGCUGCUCAGCAAUUACAACAAUUUGGGUUCGACGUGAUCGUACUGGAAGCAAGAGAUCGGGUUGGAGGUAGAAUAGCCACUUUUCGAAAGAACUCAUACACAGCUGACUUAGGAGCAAUGGUAGUAACUGGUAUUUGGGGCAAUCCCAUAACGAUUCUUAGCAAACAAACUGGAAUGGAAAUGGCCCCGAUAAAAACUGCGUGCCCUCUAUACGGAGCUGGGGGAAAACCUGUUCCGAAACAUAAGGACGAUAUGGUAGAACGGGAAUUUAACCGCCUCUUGGAAGCUACAAGCUAUCUCUCCCAUCAGCUGGAUUUUAACUAUGCUGGAAACCAUCCUGUUUCACUAGGGCAAGCGUUGGAAUGGAUCAUAAAACUACAAGAAAAACACGUUAAAGAAAAGCAGGUUCAACACUUGAACAACAUAAUUUCAUGGCAACAAAAGCUUAUCGAUAACCAAAAUUCUAUCAAGGACAUCGUAGAUCGCAUAAGAGAGUUGCGUGUUAAGCAUAAGGAGUUACUGGAAACAAAACCACCGAAGCCGAGUGAAAUCGACACCAAGUACAUUGAACAUGAGUUUAGCAUAAGGGUAACGGUUCGUGAAGAACAACUAGCGUGGAAGGAAAUGGAACGACUUCGCACUAACCAGGAACAAAUAGAAAGCAAGCUAAAGGAUCUUGAAAACGAACAAGUCAGUGAGGUUUAUCUUUCCUCCAAAGACCGACAGAUACUUGAUUGGCACUUUGCCAACUUGGAAUUUGCAAACGCAACUCCGUUGAGUAAUCUCUCGCUAAAGCAUUGGGACCAGGAUGACGAUUUUGAAUUCAUUGGUAAUCACACGACAGUCAGAAACGGUUACUCUUGUGUUCCUAUUGCGCUAACCGAAGGUUUAGAUGUACGGGUUAACACAGCUGUUAAGCGAAUUAAAUAUUUUCCGGGUGGUGUCGAAGUGACGGCAGAUCUCAAAUCAAACAAUUCCACUGUCCAUUACAAGGCCGAUUUGGUGCUAUGCACGCUGACGCUGGGUGUCCUAAAAGUGGCCAUUUCCGACCAAUCGUCCCAGACGAACACAGUCCGUUUCGAGCCUCCACUGCCUGAAUGGAAGCAGUCCGCAAUUCAACGUCUUGGUUUCGGUAAUCUCAACAAGGUUGUACUUUGUUUCGAUCGCAUCUUUUGGGAUCCAAAUACCAAUCUGUUUGGCCAUGUCGGAAGUACAACCGCUAGUCGAGGCGAACUAUUUUUAUUCUGGAACAUUUCUCAGUCACCAGUUCUGCUAGCGCUGGUCGCCGGUCAGUCAGCUGCCAUAAUGGAAAACGUUUCCGAUGAUGUAAUCGUAGGCCGUUGUAUUGCAGUUUUGAAGGGUAUUUUCGGUAAUUCAGCAGUUCCUCAACCAAAAGAAACUGUAGUGACGCGGUGGCGGGCGGAUCCUUGGGCACGGGGCUCCUACAGCUUCGUUUCAGUUGGAUCAUCCGGAAGCGAUUACGACUUGUUGGCAGCACCGGUUACUCCACGCUUUGAAACGAGUGGUACCGGCGGGGUUAAUGGAACUGCCCAUUCGUCCGGCAACGGACACAAUGAUGAAGACGAUAGCAAAGCAGACAUUCCACGGUUAUUUUUUGCCGGAGAACAUACGAUACGCAAUUACCCUGCCACGGUGCACGGAGCUCUGCUCAGUGGCUUGCGGGAAGCCGGACGGAUAGCGGACUACUAUCUGGGAUUUCCGAAUACGUACCCCGAUGCACCGAAGGAGGAACCGAAAAAGUAGUGUGAGUAGCUUUAGCACAUUUCAGUAUAAGAGAAAAUUUUAAAUUAUUACUGGCAGUCAAUCGAAGGUAUAAAAAAUUGCUGUGUUGUGCUGCAAAACCACAAUCGACAUGCCGCAAGCCCCCGCACCGGCGAGAGCUUUAUCGCAAAAGAAUUUGAAAUAAAAGAAAUUUCACUAAAACUAAAUUUUUUGAGAUUAUAAGGCUACAUUCUGGCAUUUAAUGACAUGUGAGUAAACUAGAUUGCAAAACUUAAAUUGGUUUUAGUUUAGGUCUAGUUUGAAGAGUUUGAAGUUUGACAAAACUUAGGCACUAUCAGAAAAUGUAAAUACUGUAGAUGGAUAUGGAAAUGUCAACGAUCCAAUAAAAUAGUUUAGUAGAACUAU